AUGGGGAAUAUCCUCUCUUGCAUCAGGGCACCCCUCGCUUUGUGGCUCAAGGUACAUUCUGCUGGAUCGGACCCUCUGCGACAUAUAGAGGAUCGCAACGGCACAAUACAUGGUGUGCCCUAUGGCCGCAAAAAGCCCAAUAUAGACGGGCCCAUCGUCGACAAAUCUGAAGACAACGAAUUUGGUUUUGUCGGUUUUGACCGCGACGAAUUUCAUGACAAUGAAGCAAUGGAAGACGACUCGGAAUCCGAGGAUGAAGCUCAAAAGUUCCAGCACCUCCCUCGACACAACGCCGAGUCAGUAUUCUGGGUGAUCGUAGUAUUCCUGCUUCGCGCUCUCCCCCGAGGCGAACACCCCAAAAAAGACAAGAACAACAAGUGGUUAAUCUUUAUCUGGGACUAUAUCGCAUCACACGAAAUCAUGCCCUACCCCGGUAAAUUUCCUACGGACGAUAGGACGACAUUUUUGAAUCUCGGGGGCUGGGAGCAUUUUCUCCAUGCAAAGCUUGGCCGCCUGGUUCCCAUGAUGGAGGAGCUUGUCAUGCAAGUAAAGCCCGAAUAUAGCCACCUUCCAACCCCCCCGGAUGACCUACACUUGCAUGAGGCUAUGCAGCGCAUCCUCCUCAAGUACUCUGUUAAGUUCGCUGGAGCCUCCGACAUCCCCCUAGAUGCCAAACGAGGCCGUGUCGUGUACACCACAUCUGAGACUAAGGAGUUCUGA